GACUCACUGCUACGGAGCAUGCGCACAAACGCAACUACUUCAACCGAAUUUCCCAUCGAAAGCAACUGCCUCGUGUGCGAAUAAGUGGUGAUUUUAAAUGGUUUCUUUCGUUGUAUCUUCUAACCACACAGCGUGCAUAGUAAGCAAUUACAGCUAGAUCAAGUUUACAUUGUUUUAAAUUAACGAUCAGUACCAUGUAGCAAACAAUGGCGCUAUCCGUUGCUUUUUUUCCGAGAAAGCCAAAUUCGACAGAACACCACAAACUGUUGGCUGACACAAAAAACACUUAUGUCCAUAUUUCUUGUUUAAUGUAAGAUUUAUAGCGUGCAUGUGCGCGACAUUAUUUGGUUUUAAACGUGUCGACAAGGCAGACCUCUUCUACUUGCUUAAAGUGGGCUCGUUUUAACAGCCGGUGGAGCCACAGCGCAGCCGUCCCUCUUCUCUGGCCAUUUGUGGUACUGCACCCUGGCCGUGCCAAAGGGACAGUGGGCGCCUCUUGCCCCCGCCCACAACCCGCCGGCGAUUCUUCUUCCCCGCCCCGACGAACACGACCAGCUUCUACCGCCUCCAUGUUCCAGCAGUCUGCAGACUUUGGACUAUUUCGUGUGAUCUCUCGCCGCCAUUUUUUUGUCCGACCGACCUGCAGUGAUGGCUGAGCAUCUGUCCCAGAGCGAGCUGGACUACCCUUUUAAACUACUCGAGUACUUGAACGGCUAUCGGGUGUCAAAGGUGAUCUUUGCCGCCUGCGAGCUGGGUGUCUUCGAGCUCCUGAUGAGGUCCCCGGGGGCCAUGAGCGCUCUCCAGGUGGCAGAGGCCCUGGAUGCCAGCGCCGAUGGCAUGGAGAGGCUGCUGGACGCCUUGGCGGGCAUGGAGAUCCUGCAGGUGGAGACGGCGGACGGGACAGCACUUUACAACAGCACCGACGUGGCCAACACCUACUUGGCCAGGGGUGGCGCCAAGUCGCUCCAUGACAUGGUCGCCUACCAUUCGCAGACCAUCUACCCGCUGUGGAACAACAUGGCCGACGCCGUCAGGGAGGGCAAGAACCAGAACCAGAAGACCUUCGGCAUCCUGCCUGGAGAGGUGUUUGAGGCCAUCUACAGGUCGGAGGAGGAGAUGGUGAAGUUCAUGGGUCUGAUGAACUCCUCCUGGAAUUUGGACGGACAGGACGUCGUGACGGCGUUCAACCUCUCCUGCUUCCAGAAGAUAGUCGAUCUCGGAGGUAAGAGCGGCCACCAGAGGGCAGCAUCGACGCAUGUACAGCACUUUGGGAAUUUGUCUUAUUUUCUCCCAGGGUGCACCGGUGCGCUGGCGCGAGAGUUAGCGAGGGCGUAUCCCUCCUCCUCCGUCACGGUUUUUGAACUCCCGCGGGUGGUGGAGAUGGCCCGGAAACAUUUCCCUCAAGAGAACGACACCUUUGCCUUCCACAGCGGAGAUUUCUUCCACGGGGACGUUCCUCCCGCCGACUUGUACGUCCUGGCCCGAAUCCUUCACGACUGGUCCGAGGAGAAAUGUCUGACACUGCUCAAGAAGCUCUACCGUGCCUGCAAACCAGGCGGUGGAGUCCUGCUGGUGGAGGCCAUGUUGCUGGAGAACCGUCGCGGCCCCAUCAUGGCUCAGCUCUUCUCCCUCAACAUGCUGGUGCAAACGGAUGGCCGGGAGCACCCCCCCUCUCAGUACACCAAGAUUCUCAACCAGAGCGGCUUUGCCCAUGUGCAAGUGUGCCGCACGGGAAAGUCCUACGACGCCAUCUUGGCCUUCAGAUGAAAGCUAUCUAGGGACGCCUCCACAAGUAUAUUCUAUUAUUAUUUGCCAACAAUUAAUAGUAUUUAUAUUGUCCGGCAGCAUUAUUCCAGUGCACUUUUAUUGUGUUAAACAAUCUCUGAGCGUUCAUUUUUAAAUGUAAACCCACCACAAAAUAUGAAUAAUUAAUAUCAGUUGCUGUUUAGAAGUCUGUUGGUAUGAAGAACCUUACUCAUGGACACUAUUGUUCUGAUUGGUGAUCUGAUUUGUUUUUAAAGCUUAAUUACAUGAAGAAAACUUUAAUUACAGAUUAUUACAUAAACAUUACAAGCAAAAAAGCUAAUUUUUGUGUAUGCAGUGUGUAUUUUUGUCUACCUCUUGGCAUCCUGAUUAGUAUGGUAAGUGGACAAAAGGUGGCUUUUAAUGUAGAUUGACAAAGACUAAAAGUUACAUGAAAUAAAUAUAUAAUAGGUUAUGCUAUUGAUUGAUUGAUUGAAACUUUUAUUGGUAGAUUGCACAGUACAGUACAUAUUCCGUACAAUUGACCACUAAAUGGUAACACCCGAAUACGUUUUUCAACUUGUUUAAGUCGGGGUCCACGUUAAUCAAUUCAUGGUACAAAU